AUGCACCAGCUAUCGCUAGUAGGGACCAUCCCCCACUCGCAAUACGUGCAGACGAUUGCGACGCUCCAGGCGUUCACCGGCCAGUUGCGGCCCCAGCCCAUCUCGACCUAUACCCUCGUGUGCAAGCCCAACCAUGUGUUUAAGCCCAAAUUCGAGCCGGGCAAAGUGAACCAGAUCGAACAGUAUUACAUGCGGUGUAUCACGACGUGGCUGUGCAGCUUUGACCUCGCCAAGCCCGUGCUUAAGGACGACGAGUUGUUUUCAGGGUUGCUCUUUGAUGCCAACUCUCCGGAGAAGAAUUGGACGUUGCAAAUAAGUGAUAUCCCCAUUGCGGGCAAGAAACAACAGGUGUGUGCCCAAACCAUUUAUGAAACCACCGUGGUUCACACACACACCAACGUGCGCGAACAAGACGUGGUCGAAGUGAAAGAAGAAGGGCGUAAAGGGCUGAUUGUCGCCACUCCUAAAAACGAACUGUUCUUACAAAUGCUCAGCGACUUGGGGUAUAGUGUUUACAACCAGUAUUGGUGUCAAGGGGUGAGAUUUUUUUCAGGGGAUGUCGUCAUUGAAUUGACGAAACUCUUCAUCCGUGACGACGACUACCAGGGCGAUAAGAUCCGCCUCAAGUUGUUGGACGAGCUGAACACAUUCCAGGUGCGUGUGUAUGUCAACGUGAAGAAAGCCAGUAAUGUUGACGCGGUGACUCAGGCCACUAAGGACUUGGUGAAGCUUCAGGAGUACCUUAAGAACCUCAUCAAGUUGACCAUUCCUGACCGCAUGAAGAUGGACCUGCGCAUCCAAAAGGGAUAA